AUGUCGCCAUCAAAGGUAUACCAAACACCAGAGGAGAAGAUCCGCGCUGAGCUUGGGCUCAGCUCGGGCGUUUUGACGAUUCGGCGCAAUGCGCCGGCCGCGGUGUUGUACGAAGAUGCGCUAGCGGAGCGCAAGACAGCAAUCUCCAGCACUGGCGCGUUGAUUGCGUACUCUGGGGAAAAGACGGGUCGGUCGCCUAAGGACAAGCGGAUCGUGGACGAGCCCACGUCGUCUGACAAUAUUUGGUGGGGUCCAGUGAACCGCAAGGCGUCGGAGAAGACGUGGUUGAUCAACCGCGAGCGUGCCGCAGACUUCUUGCGUACCCGCGAGCACCUAUACAUCGUGGAUGCGUACGCGGGCUGGGACCCCCGCUACCGCAUCAAGAUCCGGAUUGUGUGCUGCCGCGCAUACCACGCGUUGUUCAUGACCAACAUGUUGAUCAGGCCGACCGAAGAGGAGCUUGCGGAGUUCGGCGAGCCAGACUUCACCGUGUGGAACGCGGGCCAGUUCCCAGCGAACACGCACACUGAGGGUAUGUCCUCGAAGACCACUGUCGAAAUCAACUUCAGGGCGAUGGAGAUGGUCAUCCUUGGCACGGAGUACGCUGGUGAGAUGAAGAAGGGUAUCUUCACGGUGAUGUUCUACUUGAUGCCUAUCAACCACAACGUCUUGACAUUGCACUCCUCCGCCAACCAGGGCCCCAACAACGAUGUGACGCUCUUCUUCGGCUUGAGCGGCACUGGUAAGACGACCUUGUCUGCGGACCAGCACCGGAAAUUGAUCGGCGACGACGAGCACUGCUGGUCUGACUACGGUGUGUUCAACAUAGAAGGUGGGUGCUACGCCAAGUGUAUCGGCCUAAGCGGGGAGAAGGAGCCGGAAAUCUUCAAUGCAAUCAAGUACGGCUCUGUUUUGGAGAACGUGGUCUACGACCCAGUAACGCGUGUCGUGGACUAUGAGGACUCUUCGAUCACCGAGAACACACGUUGCGCGUACCCAAUUGAGUACAUCCCAAGCGCGCAGAUUCCAUGCUUGUCCGAGAACCAUCCUUCUAACAUCGUUCUAUUGACCUGCGAUGCCUCAGGUGUGUUGCCACCUGUGUCCCGUUUGACGCCGGAGCAGGUGAUGUACCACUUCAUCUCGGGCUACACCUCCAAGAUGGCCGGUACUGAGCAGGGAGUCACUGAGCCUGAGGCUACCUUCUCUUCCUGCUUCGGCCAGCCAUUCCUAGCCCUACAUCCAAUGAAAUACGCUACGAUGUUGGCUGAAAAGAUGUCGCAGCAUAACGCUAGCGCCUGGUUGAUUAACACGGGCUGGACUGGCUCCUCGUAUACGGCCGGCGGUAAGCGCUGUCCAUUGAAGUACACCCGUGCUAUCUUGGACUCGAUCCAUGACGGAACCUUGGCCCAGGCUGAAUACGAGACCCUACCCGUCUUUGGUUUGUCCAUUCCAAAAGCGGUCGAGGGCGUGCCAGCUGAGUUGCUAAACCCUGCCAAGAACUGGGUCGAGGGCGAAGGCAAGUACGCUAGCGCCGUGUCGGCUUUGGCCUCGAAGUUCACAGAGAACUUUAAGAUCUAUCAGGACCAGGCCACAGAGGAGGUUGUCCGCGCUGGCCCACAAAUAUGA